UUUUGAAGGGAAGUAUAACAUUGCGCAACUUCUCUCUCUCACAUACCGCCGUACCAAAAAAGCAGAGACACCGACUGGCGACUGGAUCAUCCAUCCGUCCGAUAAUUGAAGGUUACCGAAGAUAAAGAAACAAAGGAGUAUUGAAGAUGGAAAGACAAAAUAAACGCGUUGUAGACACAGACAGACUCAGUGACCUUCCUGACCAUGUCCUUCUUCAUAUCAUUGAAUCUAUGAACAUAAAACAAUCUGUUCAGACCUGCGUUCUGUCUAAACGAUGGAAGGACCUUUGGAAACAUCUCACCAAUCUAAAGUUCCAUCAUUCCUACCCUGACAAUAGUGAUAUGUUCUGCAAAUUUGUGUCCCAGAUUUUGUCUGGUCGCAACCACUAUAUUCCCCUUCAUAGCCUAGAUUUUGAGCACGAGGAUUGCAUAGAUUUUGAGCCUAAAACUACACUCCUAGAGGUCAUGAGAUAUGCUGCAUCGUCACAUAAUAUGCAGCAACUCACAGUCUAUGCCAGAAUAAGGAAAAUUAGUGAUCUUGAAUUGCCCCCUUCCAUAUUUUACAGUCGUUCUUUGACAUAUCUUAAGCUUGGCUUUUGGCAGAUAUAUGGCUCAAAUAGUGGUAAGACAACAAUACCAAAAUUGUUGAACUUGCCAUCAUUAAAAACCUUGCAUCUUCGGUGUCUCACUUUCACUACUAGUGAUGAUGGCCGUGCUGAGCCCUUUUCAGCCUGUAACAUGUUGGAUACAUUGGUCAUUAUUUGUUGUUAUUUACAGGAAAAUGCACAAGUGCUAUGUAUAUCCAAUUCUAAUGUUUCUAGUUUGACCGUAGGUAGUAACUACGUGUACGAUGAAGCUCACAAUUACAACGUUGUGCUUUGUACUCCAAAACUUACUUCUCUUACUGCCAGUGGUCGUCCUACUUUCGAAGCACCCUCUACACACGGUCUACCCUUUCUAGAAGAAGUAAAUAUUGAUUACACUUAUCCUUACAGACCGUGUGAAGAUUCCAUCAUGAUUAGUUGGUUGCAAUUACUUGCUAAUGUUAAGAUAAUGACACUUCAUUUUAAAACCCUUGUUGAGAUACUAUGUAUUCUCAAAAUGGGUGCUCAACCUCCUUGCUUUGUUAGAUUGAAGUCAUUGAAAGUGGAAUUGAAAUCAAAUGACGACAUAUCUAAUGGGAAAGUAAGAAAAAUUGUGAAGAUCCUACUUCGAAAUUCUCCACCCGCCAAAGUUGAUAUCAUUCGGAAGGGUUAACUGUUUAGGUUAGGGUUUGGUGCAAGGCUUAUAGUGGCAGAUGGAUAGAGCAAGACUCUUGAGGACUAUGGUGGUGCCAGUUAUUCCAAGUUUUUUUUCUUCUUUCUUACUCUUCCAAACUAAAUUAUUUUUUUAGAUUGUUGUUUGAUAAAAUAUUCCAAACUAAAUUAUUAUUUCUACCUAGAAAUCGUGAUUUCCAUCUUGUUGUGUUACAUGUAAAAUCAAAACUAUAGUUCGAGCUAAAAUACUAAUUAUUCGAGCCGA